CUGGAGCUCCAGGGGAUGAGUGUUUUCAGGGCUCGGGCCUGCCUGUCUGAUCUCUCUGUUCCAGGCUGGCAGGCAAGGGUUAGAGAGGAGAGGAUGGGCUGGAGGUGAGGGGGAAGGAGCUGCCCUCCAACGCGAGCCAUCUCUCCCCAGGGCCCUGCUUCCUCCUAGACUGGGAGAAACCAGAGCUGGAAUGAGCAGCCAGCAGUCUGGGGCUCAGCAAUAAUUCAGGGACUUGGGCUAUUUGGAGCCGGUUGCCAGGAGACAGGGUCACAGGCUGAGUGUCCCCAGUCCAGGAAGGGGGAAUCAGUUACGGGUCCAGACAAUGCAGUGAAAUAUGAGACCAGAGCAUUGGUGUUUCCGGGGGCUGAAGGGCCUCCCUGGGACCCUCGUCACCAGGUAUCAGCCAGGUCCUUAAGCCCAAGCAAGGGCAAUAAAUAGGCAGGGCCCCGCUGAGAGGGAAAAGGAUGUGGCUCUGCCCCCCAGGGUGGGGUUUUAGAGGGGAGCUGUGCUCCCACUGGGGAGUGUGCUUCUAGGGCCAGAGACGAAUGCAGUGGAAAGGAUUUGGGGAAGGACUUUCGGAACAUCCCUUGAUUCUUUUAGUUAGAAAGUCCCCAUCCCAGUGGGAUGAGGAGGAACCUCAGUUGUCAUGGGCCCUGCAGCUUCCAUGGGAGCAAAAGGGAGGUGGGGUCCCUCUCCCCAUCCCAGAUUCCUCUAGAUCAGGUUCCAGCCUCCGAGGCACAGGGCCAGGAAGGGAAAGCUGGUUUAUCUUUAAUGAGGUCACCUGAUCCCAGAGGGCAAGAGCCAGGCCCAGCCAAGUGGCCUUAUGAGAUGGGCACUGGCACCCACUGAGCCAUCACCUGCCCUGUGCCCUGGACGGUGCCCCUACAGCCAUGAACCAAGCCUUUUGGAAGACCUACAAAUCAAAGGUGCUUCAGACCCUGGGUGGAGAGUCCGGGGAAGAGCUAUCAGAAGAGACAGAGAGUCCAGCGCUAGCAGACCAGGAAGCUGUGCAGCUGACAGAGGAGGCCGGCAACCCCAUGUCCCAGCUGGCCCGAAGGGUCCAGGGAGCUGGAGCUAAAGGCUGGAGGACAAUGUCAUCCUUGUUCAACAAAGAAGAUGAAGACAAGUUGUUGCCUUCGGAACCCUGUGCUGACCAUCCCCUGGCGGCACCGCCCCCCUCAGAGGAGGCCCCCAAAGGGCCAGGCUUCUGGGAUGCCUUCGCUAGCAGAUGGCAGCAGCAGCAGCAGCAUCUCCAGCAGCAGCCCCAGGAGGCAGAGACAGCAGCCCAGGCCAUGCUCCAGGGUGAGGGGGCGGCAGAGCCAGAGGGGGACGAUGGAGCCGAUGACCGUUCUGAGGCCGACCCAGCAGCUGGCUUCAAGUGGGGCUUCCUCACCAACAAACUGGCCGAGAUGCGCAGCAAAGCCAUCCCCAAAGGAGAUUAGCUGCCCCCCAUCCCUGUGCCCCCUCCCACUCGUAGCUGCCCAACCAAGGCCCUCCUGGAACCAAGAGGUCCCACUUGACCAGAUGCUUCCUUGUCCCCCACCCCAGGGGCCCCAAGGAAAGGGGGCAGAGGACGUGCUAGGGUGGGGGAGUGUGGACGCCCAAAGCGCCCCUGCCCCAGGCAGAUCCAUUCUCCUUACUUGGCCUUCAGUCUCCCCAAAGACCAGUCACAGAAGGGCAGGGGUGUGGAGGGAGAAGCCCCCUCCGCUGCUCAGAUAAGGUUGUGAGUGCAGCAGGAGGGCCUGGGGCUAGACUUCAGGAAGUCUAUCCUGGCCAUCACCCGGGCCGGCCGGAGAGAGGGCAAAGGGGCCGGCGGCUACCCUCCCUCUGAUAGGCUUGGCAGCCUUCAUUCAAUACACCCGCGUUACCUUAUUGUCCCGAUUCUCCCCAGCCCCUUCCUGCAUCCACCAGAAGGGAAUCCCAGCAUCCUCUGCAGCCAGGGCUCUCACCCGCCUCCUCAUGCCCCCUCCCCCAACACAGGACCAGGCUUAAAUAAAAUCCACUUUAUUCCGCA